AUGUCGGUAUUUGUUGUGGUGGCUUGCAUGGUUAUGUCAUGGCUCUUCCUUCACAGGUGGAGCCAGAGGAACAAGAAAGGUCCAAAGACUUGGCCUUUGGUAGGAGCAGCUAUUGAGCAGUUGAUCAACUUCGACAGAAUGCAUGAUUGGCUCGUUGAGUACCUGAAAGUGUCGAGAACGGUUGUUGUCCCGAUGCCCUUCACCACCUACACUUACAUAGCUGAUCCUAUCAAUGUCGAACACGUCCUAAGAACCAACUUCUCCAACUACCCAAAGGGCGAGACUUACCAUUCAUACAUGGAAGUUCUGUUGGGAGACGGGAUUUUCAAUUCAGACGGUGAGAUCUGGAAGAAGCAGAGGAAAACCGCAAGUUUUGAGUUUGCUUCAAAGAAUCUCAGAGAUUUCAGCACUGUGGUGUUCAGAGAAUAUAGCCUCAAGCUCUUCAGCAUCCUUUGCCAAGCAUCUUUCACAGACCAACAAGUAGAUAUGCAGGAAUUGUUGAUGAGAAUGACUCUGGACUCCAUAUGUAAGGUGGGAUUUGGUGUGGAGAUAGGAACUUUGGCUCCAGAUCUUCCAGAGAAUCGUUUUGCUCAAGCUUUCGAUAUGGCAAAUAUAAUUGUAACACUUCGCUUCAUAGAUCCUCUUUGGAAGUUGAAGAAAUUCCUUAACAUCGGGUAUGAGGCAAUGCUCGAUAAGAGCAUUAAAGUCAUCGAUGAUUUCACCUAUUCUGUCAUAAGAAGACGGAAAGCGGAAAUAUCAGAUGCUCGGAAUUCACUUGACAACAACAACAAGAUGAAGCACGAUAUACUAUCGAGAUUCAUCGAGAUUAGUGAGGACCCAGGAAGCGAAUCAACCGACAAAAGCCUCAGAGAUGUUGUCCUCAACUUUGUCAUUGCCGGAAGAGAUACAACAGCAACAACUCUCACAUGGGCAAUAUACAUGAUCCUUAUGCAUGAACAUGUAUCCGAGAAACUUUGCAUGGAGUUAGAAGAACUCGAAAGAGAAAGAGCUAAAGAGGCUAAGAUUUCACUGCAACAAUGUGAUAUAGAGGAUUCCAACUCAUUCAAUGAGAGGGUAACCAAAUUUGCAGGACUAUUGAAUUACGAUUCCUUGGGGAAGUUGCAGUAUUUACAUGCUGUGGUAACAGAAACACUUCGUUUGUACCCUGCUGUUCCUCAGGACCCGAAGGGCGUAUUACAAGAUGACAUCUUACCCGACGGUACACAAGUAAAAGCAGGAGGGAUGGUCACAUAUGUUCCUUACUCAAUGGGUCGUAUGGAUUACAACUGGGGUGCAGAUGCAGAAUCUUUUAACCCCGAAAGAUGGCUCAAAGAUGGAAACUUCCAGAAUGCAUCUCCAUUCAAGUUCACAGCUUUCCAGGCUGGACCUAGGAUAUGCUUGGGAAAGGAUUCAGCCUAUCUUCAAAUGAAAAUGGCACUUGCAAUCCUUUGCAGAUUCUUUAAGUUCAGUUUGGUGCAGAAUCAUCCCGUGAAGUACCGAAUGAUGACUAUCCUAUCCAUGGCACAUGGUCUGAAGGUCACGGUAUCGAGACGUUUGUAGUGGAAACCACAACCUGGUAAAUGAAUGAAACACCUACCAGAAGAAUGAACACUUAUCAUUGUCACUUUAAGGUAAUCUUCAGGUAAAGAUCAACCAACACUUGAGG